UUUUAUUUUGAAAGGUAUGUGAAACGGAUGAGGUCAUAUGAUUUUUUUUCUCCCUAAAGAAAGAGACGUUUGUCACUUCAUAACACGUGUUCAAGCGUCUGCAGGUCACGUGUCAGACCAGUGAAGACAUGGAUUUUAUUAAGACGGCAGUGGCCAUUGGCGCAGGAGCAAUAGGUGCGGUCUUCCUGGCUCCUGUUGCCCUGGGAACAGCAGGUUUCACCUCGGCUGGAAUAACAGCGGGCUCCAUCGGUGCGAAGAUGAUGUCAGUUGCUGCGGUUGCUAACGGGGGAGGAGUGGCGGCAGGCGGUAUGGUGGCUAGUCUGCAGGCAAUAGGUGCAGCUGGUCUAUCUGGAGCUGGAACCAUAGCUGUGGCCUCCACCGGAGCAGCAGUAGGAUUUCUGACCAGAUUCUUCCGCUGAAAAUCACAAAGGAACAAAAUAAAAUGACUGUACUUUCACCAAAUGAAAUAGGCAGUAGCAGAUCAAAUCUGUAUAGUACCUAAAGAACACUUUCUCAGCUGUAUUGUUCAAUAAAUUGAUGUUAAGUCUU